UAUUAAGUCUUUUUCAAGUUCUCAUUUACUUAUUUGUUUGUGUGUGUUUCUUUGAAGCUGUAUUUAAAAUAGUUAAAAUGGCAGAUAACUCUCAGAAGAUGAGCUACAAUGCUGGAGAGGCCAAGGGCCAAACUCAGGAGAAGGUGAGCAAUAUGAUGGAUAAGGCAAGUAAUGCAGCUGAAUCAGCUAAAGAAUCAGCACAAGAGACAGGACAACAAAUUAUGGCUAAGGCAGAAGGAGCAGCUGAUGCUGUUAAGGAUGCUGUCAACAAAUGAUCAUAUAUUAUCACUUUUCAUUUUUAUAUGAUCUUCUUUUUAUUUCUUUUCUCAAGAGCCUUUCUUUUUUCCAUCUAUUUAAUGUAUUUUUCCAAGCCUUUCUCUUUGUGAAUGGGAGAGAUCAAUAAAGGAGUUUUUUGGAUUUCCAGGGUUACAAAUGGGUGUUUUC